AUGGGGGCCUCUAUAGAUGACGACGAAAAAACUUAUCUUACCUGGAAGGAAUCGCAGCCGUUCCUCCAGAGUGUUCGAAAUUUGGCUUUCGAGGUCGAACAUACUUUGGUGUCAUUUGACCAUAAAGAACAAAAGGUCAGCCUGGGCCUUCAACAGCAUUAUGUUCUGGAGAAAUGGAAUGAACAUCGAAAGCAAAUGGGCCGACAGGAAUUUGAACUUCACCCGGAAGGUAUGCGGUACAUGGUGGAAACGGUAGCCGCUCCUCCUCUUGGGCCCGGUCUCUCUGGGGCUCUCCAUAUUGAACACAAAUUGGCGGAGAGGCGAAGGAAUAUCCAGAGCUUGCUAGGACCCGAAGACGCCAUUCUCACUUUAGCGGGAUUCCCACGCUUCGGCGCAGCCGAAUCAUUCAAAACUCUCGAUGCCCUGACCAUCGAAAAGCCUUUACACGGGGACAUGGACCUCGCACUGAGCGGAUACAAGCGAUGGAAAUGCCUCGGCGAAAACAUCAAGGCGAGACGGGAGCGUGAUUUUGACGCCGCACUACCAGUGUUUCAAGAUAGGUUUACCGAACUUGAUGAAGUGGUCUUGGAUAAAUUCGGAUAUGCGCCGGGGGUGUGUGCACUGCAAGUAACAUUUCAAGCGAAGAACAUCGACGAAGCAUGUCAGCUCCAUGACCAGUUGUCUAUUCUUGGCCCACUGAUGAUGGCGUUGACAGCUGCUACGCCGGCCUACCAGGGAUUCCUGGUGGAUACUGAUACGCGGUGGAAUUCGUAUCGCCAUAUGGCGGACGAACGAAGCCCAGCCGAGGUCUUGAAGAUGGAGACAUGGGAACAGCAUGAGAUUGAUGCAAGUCUCCGCGCCUGCACUAGUCCUAUCUAUCUGAGCAGAGACGUCGAUGAAAAGUACCAAUCCUACCUCCCAACUCCCUCGGACAUUCAGGAAAAGCUCCAAAAAGAAGGAAUGAACAAGAAUCUCGCAUCUCAUUUCGCUCGCUUCCUGCAAUACGACCCUUUGCUUCUGGAAGCAGAUCACCUGGAAGCCCUCGGCCCGGACGAUACAUACCAUUUGAGAACACUAUACAAUUCCCUAUGGCCCCAUGUGCGGGUGAAACUCCCACUCGAUGAAAACGCGGGAUGGCGAGUCGAAUUCCGGCCGAUGGAGGUGCAAUUGACCGAUUUCGAAACUGCAGCUUUUAUUGUUUUCAUGGUGGUUUUGCGCCAUGCGAUGGAACAUUUCCACGUGAACCUCUACGUUCCCAUGAAGCUGGUGGUUGAGAAUAUGCAGCGUGCCAUGAACCGCAACGCGGUUCUUCAUGAGCAAUUCUGGUUCCGCACUGGGGACUGGACUUUUGACGAGCCAUCGAACAGCGACUCGACCAAAGUCACAAUCCAGCAGCUUUCUCUCAAGGAGAUUUUCUGUGGCUCGAGCAACCGCUGCCGGGACGAAUGCUGUGCGAAUUGCAGGAACAGAUUCCCCGGCUUCAUACCACUCAUCAACGCGUAUCUUGAUAGCGGUCCCGUUUCCGACGCGGAAAAAUCACUCUUCAUGCCGUACAUCCAGUUCGUUAGCAAAAGGGCUUCGGGUCAGUUGUGGACUGAUGCACGAUGGAUGCGACAUAUGAUCCAGUCUCACCCGUCCUAUCGGAACGACAGCGUGGUGACACCCGAGAUCUGCUACAAGCUUUGUUGCCAGAUCAAGGAUCUGCCGAAAUGGAAGCAUCCCCAGCUUUUCUGA